GCAGAGAGCAGUGAGCCCUGAACAGGCACUUUUGACAUGCUUCAGUUCUAAGAAAAUUAACAUGAGGGAGGUUACAAAACCCACCUGCCCCUUGUUACCUCUGUGAUCUCUGUAGCCUUUGUGCAAUACAAAUUCUCUGCUCUGGGUUGUGUAAGUUUAACAUAGAUUGGUUUUCUAGUGGGAAGCACUUUGCAAGCUUGCACUUAUUGAAAUGCCCUGCAAAUUUAAGCUUUUGUUGGAAAAUGCAGAGCAAAUGGUCCUUGUCUGCCGGAAUGAGGAACAAUUCCUGCUCCAGGAAGGAAUGCAGCAUUUGGCAGUACUGGAGAAAGCCAGCCUGGUGAUUGGCAAUGAUGGAUUCAUAAAGGCUGUAGGACCCACAGAGUCUAUACGGAAUCAGUUUUCUCAAGCAGAAUUUGAGAGAGUAAUUGACUGCUCUGGAAAAUGUGUUUUGCCAGGAUUCGUGGAUGCACACACUCAUCCUGUGUGGGCUGGUGAUAGAGUGCAUGAAUUUGCAAUGAAACUUGCAGGUGCUACGUACAUGGACAUUCAUCAGGCUGGAGGAGGAAUCCAUUUUACAGUGGAUCAUACAGGAGCUGCUUCAGAGGAAGACCUAUACUUUAGUUUUAAACAGCGCCUACAACGAAUGCUCAGGACAGGAACUACAUUAGUAGAGUGUAAGAGUGGAUAUGGCUUGAAACUGGAGACAGAACUGAAGAUGCUAAGAGUGAUUGAGCGUGCUCACAGGGAAAUGGAUAUUGGCAUCUCCUGUACAUACUGUGGUGCCCAUUCAGUGCCAAAAGGAGAAAAUGUAGAAACGGCAACUGAAGACAUAAUUGAAAAUCACCUCCCUGCCCUCAAGCAAAUGGCUCUAAAUGGGGAGAUUCAUUUAGACAACAUUGAUGUCUUCUGUGAAAAAGGAGUGUUUGACCUUGAGUCAACGAGAAGGAUUCUUCAGGCUGGGAAAGCUAUAGGACUACAUUUGAAUUUUCAUGGGGAUGAACUUAACCCUAUGAAUUCUGCAGAGCUGGGAGCAGAACUGGGAGCACAUGCUGUGAGCCACCUAGAGGAAAUAAGUGAUGAAGGGAUAACUGCAAUGGCUGCAGCCAAAUGUUCUGCCAUUUUACUGCCAACAACUGCCUAUAUUCUAAGACUUAAACAACCUCGAGCUAGAGACAUGCUCAGUGCUGGAGUCAUAGUAUCUCUUGGGAGUGACUUUAAUCCCAAUGCAUACUGCUUCUCCAUGCCUAUGGUCAUGCACCUGGCCUGUGUCAAUAUGAGGAUGUCGUUAAAAGAAGCUCUUGCUGCCGCUACAAUUAAUGCUGCAUACUCUCUGGGCAGAUCUCAUACAAACGGUUCUCUUGAGGUUGGAAAACGAGGCGAUGUUGUUAUAAUAAAUGCCCCAAGGUGGGAACAUCUGAUUUAUCAGUUUGGAGGCCAUCAGGAGUUAAUUGAAUACGUGGCCAUCAAAGGAAAAAUUGUCUACAAAAAUGAAAGUGUUCUUGACCUAUAAAGAUCUAAUCCAGAGAA